AUGACUGAUCCAAGGGAGGUCGAUAGCGGGGAGGUAAUAUUUAAUAACCCAGAGGCGGCCGACGAUGCCGACGAGUAUGCCACACUGGACUCCACGUCCGAGGCCGGGUCUACAACCAACGCCCCGCCAGGUCAGGCCCUUAAUGCAGAUGCUCCAUCUUAUGUGCGCUGGGGGACGACGUACUACGGCGCCGGCCGAACGAAAAGGGAUGUUGACCACACGUGUGAUGCGGGUAAUCCGACAGGGACACCAUAUGGCUACAACGCGACGGGGUCGACGCAACGGGAGGAAUAUGCGGUAUCAAGCUCCACGAACACGAGAGCAGGCGGAAGUAGUUGGGAAUCGGACCGGAUGUACCACGGGCCAUACACGCAGCCUGAUAGGAUACGCGGCGCCCCCUAUUUUCGCGAAGGAACUGCGAGGUACCCACCAGUUAAGUUGCCGGUGUUCACUGGUGAAGAAGACUGGGCCACCUGGCUGACGCAGUUUGAAGCCAUAGCCGGUCGUUUCCGCUGGUCCGAAGACGAGAGGCUUGAUCAGCUACUGCCUAGGCUGGUGGGGGCAGCAGCACAAUUUGUAUUUUUCCAAUUAAAGCCUAACACAGUGAAUGACUACAAAGAACUUAUUAUUGAGCUAAAUAGUAGGUCCAGGGCUGUUAAAACAGCAGCCCGGUCAUAUGCCGCUAAAUUUAGCAGACGGACGCAACGACAGGGGGAGACAGUAGAGGAGUACGCAUCAGACCUCAAAAUGCUGUACGACAAGGCCCACGGGUUUAGAGACCGGAAGACGAGGGACGAGGACUUCGUGCGGCGGUUCUUGGACGGGGUCGCAGACGAGGAAAUGCGGUUCGAGCUGGUGUUUAAUAAAGAACCUAGGACGGUCGAUGAGGCAGUUUACUUUGCAGUCAAUUGGUUACAGAUUCGGGGAAGAGAUAGAGCUGACAGAAAAGGGCGUUAUCAAGCAAGAAGAGCAUACCGGCCGCAGUGGGACAAGCAUAAUGGGACCGCCCCGAAUGGCCUAGGGGAGGUCCACAUUAGCAGUAAAGCAGGCCUUAAAGUUACAGCCAUAACGCAGCAAGAAGACGGUGAGGGGACGACAGUGGGGAGUGAAAGGGCCGUGAGGAGGAGCUCUAUUGCAGAUGGGUUAUACGUACGAGGGUCUGUUAACGGAGUACCGGUCACGCUCACUGCGGACACUGGCGCCUCACGGACGAUACAAUCUACACGGGCGUACGAAGCUAUACCAAAGGACAAGCGGCCGCCAUUAGAAAGGGCGUACUGCUUAGUGAGUGCGGGGGGCAACCCGAUUAAGAAGGCAGGUAAAGCCAAAUUCAGCCUGAGUUUAGGGACUCUGGAGCUUGAACGAGAGGUUAUUGUGGCCGAAGAGGAAGACGACGCUCUACUGGGGUAUGACAUCCUAAGGGGAGGGAAGAGCGGUCCCGCAGACAUUCUGCUUAGCCAAAAUAAAAUACGUUUAGAGGGAGUUGAUGUGCCAGUAUUUCAGGUGGAGCGGGACAGGAAAACCAGACGGGUUGAUGUAGCCGACGACAUCAGCGUCCCUAGACUUGCAGAGUCGGUGAUAAGUGUGUAUGUAGAAAGGUACGAAGAAGAUGACACCGUGCAGGCUGAUUUUAUUGUUGAACCAGUAGAUAACUUUAGGGACAACUAUCCAUUACAAAUGGCCGCUACUCUAGUGGAUGUAAACCAGGGGCCAACUUGUAAAAUCAGAAUUCUCAACCCAUUCCCAAGAGAUUUCUUGUUGCGACAGAACGCCGAAAUUGGGAGAGCCGAAAGGGUUGAACGAGUGGUCAGUGUGGUUGAGGCCGCUGAGGACGACGAUGGUCAAGGGAACAUGACGUCAGUGAGAAGAAUUAGGCUAGGAGAGAGGUCUUCACCGGGCGUACGAAGAUACUUUCAGAUACCACUCAAAGAAGAGGAUGUUCCAAAGAGCGCUUUCUGUUGCAAAUACGGGCACUUCGAAAUGACACGUAUGACAUUCGGUUUAAAUAAUUCAGCCAGUACCUUUCAGCGCACGAUGGAGAUUGCACUGCAGGGCCUCCAGUGGGAAACUUGCCUGGUGUACAUCGACGAUAUAAUCGUCUACGGGACCACUUUUGAACAGCACAUUCACAGGGUGGAGCAAGUACUAGAUCGCAUGCAACAGGCGGGGUUGAAGCUGAAACACGAAAAAUGUAACAUGUUGCAGCACAAAGUCCUGUUUCUUGGUCACGUGGUUUCAAAUGACGGAGUUCUCCCAGAUCCGACCAACAUCAGUAAGAUAGUCGACUGGCCAGUACCUCAGAACACAAAACAUGUGAAACAGUUUGUAGCCACGGCAUCUUUUUAUCGAAGGUUUGUAAGGGACUUUGCCACCAUGGCCCGACCCCUAACGGAACUUACCAAGAAGGACCGGAAGUUUGAGUGGGGAGAUGCUUGUCAGACCGCCUUAGAGAAUUUGAAAAGGGCACUGACUGGACCGGAAGUAAUGGGGUAUCCAUUGAAUGAAGGGGAUAUCUUCUACCUAGAUACGGACGCCUUCGGGGUUGGAAUAGGCGCGGUCUUGUCACAAAUGCAGAAGGGGAGAGAAAGGGUGGUCGCCUACGCCAGCAGAAAUGAAGGCAUCAAACUGCGGUAUUAUGUGGCAGUGCGCCAGAUGUGGCAAACAGGAUAG